AUGGCUUUAGAAAAGAACCUUAACAUUUCACGGGACGCUCGCCUUGGGCCCAUCUCUGAGUUCCGCAAGGAGUAUGUGAGUAAUCCACAGUUCAGAGCUGAGAUCAAUACGGUGUGUCCUGCGCCUGUUAUGACCACAACACCACUCAAAUCGUCGCCAGCUACGCCAUUCCACUCGCCAUUGCCGCUAAAAAAUCCGGUUGCGGCUCGCUUUGGUGCUCAAAUGCGCCAGGACACGCCCAUGCGCCGUGUCAAAUUCGGAGGCGUGUCCACCMUUGUGUAUGAUUGUGGACUGCCCGCCCACAUUGACUACGACCGGGACCCAGUAUUUGCGCAAAUCGUACAGGCAGAGCCUUUGAAGCAGGCACUACAGGAGGUUCGCUCCGGACGGGCUGCUCCUCCAGUUGUCAUUGCAUCAACACCAGUCUCCACGGCUAAUCUACAUCAGCUCCAUGGCCUGGCGCCUGCCACUAAGGCGCAGCUACAACACGUGGGAGUAGACAAGCACAUGCUCCACUCGGCAGUGGCCAAUGCRCCCUACUAUAAUCGCCUGUUUCAAACGCUGCAGGAGAAGGGCAUUCGGCACGAUCAGUGCCAGUUGCUGGAGCCGCUCAAACAGGUACAUGAUUGGCUGCUGAACGAUGAACAACUCUUGGACGACAUCGACAAGGUGUUCGCAGACAUGGCCAACGCAGCUGCUGCUGGCGGCGACAUCAGUUAUGGCAAUGAGAUGCUUACCAACUCCGCCAGUCAUGACUCGGGCUUCUGCUCAAAACCAUCGACGCCUGGACAUGCGGGCGAGGACUUAAACGCUAGU